UAGAAAACGAGGAGAAACAGAAAAAGAAAAGAAAAGAAACGAGAGCAGGGGUCAAAGAGGAGAGAUGGCGUCGCUGAUGAGAUGGUUCGCCGAUCCCAGUAGAAAUCCGCUCGCUAAGUGGCACCUGAGAGCUGUUGAUCAAAGCCUCCGCAAAUACGGUCUGCGAUAUGACGAUUUGUACGAUCCUCAAUUCUCUUUGGACAUCAAUGAGGCGCUUAAUCGGCUUCCCGAAGAGGUAGUUCAUGCUCGAAACCAGCGUCUCAAGCGCUGUAUGGAUCUCAGCAUGAAGCACUCUUCCCUUCCCAAGGACCUCCAGGCAAUGCAGACUCCAUUUAGAAGCUAUGUUCGAGAGAUGUUGGCCGUUGUACAGCGGGAGAAUGCUGAAAGGAAAGCUUUGGGUGCUUUGCCCCUCUACCAGCGCACAAUCCCUUAAUUCAAUACUUGCUUGCUCUUAUAUAAUUCUUGUGAGCUGAAUAAAUCAAAUCCAAGAGAGUCAGAAGUCAUUCUCCUUUGUGUAUGUUUAUGCUGACAUGUCUCGAACAGACCUUUUAGUAUUUUGUACCAAGCACACCUUUUAAAGUAUGUUGAUUAUCUAUUGUUGUAGACUAUUGCUUGAAUGCAUAUCGGAAUUACAAAAGUUGAGUUGCUAAA